AUUGCUGCACACAAACCACCUGUGGCGUUUGCCCACAAAAUACAAGGACUCACCGCAACUUACAGUCAAUUGGCCGGUUGGGAGGAGAGGGGCAAAUGACAGCCAUCAGCAGACCACUUGUCAGACAGCUCAGAUGGGUAAUGGUCUGGUGAGAAGACCAUGGAGGCACUGAAGGAGUGCAGGCCCUGUGAGGUUGGAGACUUCAGCUUUAAGCAGUAUGUCCGGCUGUUCAUAGAUAACACUGUUUGCGAAGAGCGACUCACUGAGGUGGAUGAUGUACUAUUAGAGUGGCAUUUGCAUCGGGAGUCGAUCCUGCCUGGAAUCGCUUGUGUGACUGAGCAGACAGACUUGUGUGUAGGGGAGCAGAGCCAGGCUCUACACAGGCAUGCCCUAUCCACAAUAGCCGAGGAGGAAGGCACGAGGAGCCUCGCUGAGCCAGACAGAGCCCAGGACGAGUUUGACCCCGAUGUGCGCGGCCAUCGAGAUUCUCGCUGGUGGCCAGGGCUGGAGAUGAGAAACGCGGAUGAGGGAGCGAGCGGGACGGUUCUCCAGCGCCUCCUACAGGAGCAGCUACGCUAUGGCAACCCCACGGUGGGCUUCCACCAAGCCGGCCCCGGCAACACUCUGCCCUUCGGCGCCAGCGGGAGCUCGGGACCCCUUUCUCCCCCGCCCGGCAGCGAGAGUCUGAGCCAGGAUGAGCGUCAGGUGGUGAUGGUGGUUCCUCACCAAGCUCGGCAGGAACCUCAGGGCCAGGAGCUGCAGGUGGACAGCACCGUGAUGGAGACCCAGCUGCACGUCCCGACCGGCGAGGACCUCCCCACCUACGAGGAGGCCAAGGUCCAGUCGCAGUUUUUCCGUGGACAGCAGCACCCGGGGGCCGGCACGGCCUACUUUGUGACUGGGAUAAACCACAGCCAGAAAGCCAGGACGGAGGGACGUCCGGUGGUGCAGAGGGUCAGCGCGGGGAAGGUCCAUCAGGACGAGGGGCUCCGUGAGCUCAAACAGGGCCACGUGCGCUCGCUCAGCGAGAGGCUGAUGCAGCUUUCACUCUCCACCAACGGCGUCCAGUCCCGAUCUCCCGCCGUGAGCGUCGGCCCUGGGGGAACCUCGCCCCAGCCAGCCGGGGGCUUCUAUACCGUGACCCGCGUCCCCUCAAAAGGGGCCGACCCCCGCGGACCCCCGCCCGAGUACCCCUACAAGAGCCUGGCCUUGCCGGCCCCCAAGCCCGCCCUCGCGGACCACGGGCGCUUUUACAACGAGAUGCGGCUGGGACCGGCAGCGAACUCCGUCAAACCGACCCCGACCAACUGUCAGCAGCAUCACCGCCCGGAACCCCCCGCCCUGAGGUACCAGCUGCCCCCGGAGUAUGGAGCCGUGAGGCAGAUGCAAGAGGGGCUAUUGUAUCAGCAGCAGCGAGCUCACCACCAUAGCCAGACCUCCUCCCUGACAUCGAUGGGGUCUGGCUCAGCCACCCUGCCCCCUCCCUCGCCCAGGCUGAAGACCCCCCAGCCCCAGAUCCUACACCCUCAGUUGCAGGCAGACCCUCUGGUCAUUGUCUCACGGGCUCAGCAGAUGGUGGAGAUCUUGUCGGAGGAGAACCGGGCGCUGCGACACGAGCUGGAGGGAUACUACGACAAAGUGGCCAAACUGCACAAGCUGGAGAUGGAAAUCGAGCGGGUUUCGGAGGAGUACGAGAACCUGGUGAAGUCAUCCUCCAAGACAGAAGCCUUGGAAAAGGCCAUGAGGAACAAGAUGGAGGGGGAGGUCCGCAGGCUGCACGACUUCAACCGAGACAUGAGAGAUCGUCUGGAGUCCGUGACCAGGCAGCUCGCUGAGAAAGAGUAUGAGAGCUCGGAAGACAACCGCAAGACCAUCGCUCAGCUCAUCGCUCAGAAUAAAGAAAACCUGAGGGAAAAUGAGAAGCUGGAGAUGGAGUUGGGUGCCCUCCGGUCUACCAACGAGGACCAGAGGAGACACAUUGAGAUCCGGGACCAGGCUUUAAACAACACGCAGGGCAACGUGGUCAAAAUGGAGGAAGAGCUGAAGAAGAAGCAGGUGUACGUGGACAAGGUGGAGCGGAUGCAGCAGGCUCUGGUGCAGUUGCAGGCGGCCUGCGAGAAACGGGAGCAGCUGGAAUACCGGCUCCGGACCCGGCUGGAGAGGGAGCUGGAAUCCCUCCGGCAACAGCAGCGCCAGGGGGGGCCGCAGAUGGUGACGGGGUCGGAGCCCAGCGCCGCGGGCCUGCGGGAGAUGCUGCGGGAGAAGGAGGAGAGGAUCCUGGCCUUGGAGGCGGACAUGACCCGCUGGGAGCAGAAAUACCUGGAGGAGAGCGUGAUGCGUCAGUUUGCUCUGGAUGCAGCUGCUACAGUCGCGGCUCAGAGGGACACCACCGUGCUCGGUCACUCUCCAAACAGCAGCUACAAUAAUUCCCUGGAAGCACGGAUUCAGAAGGAGGAGGAAGAAAUCUUAAUGGCCAACAGGAGGUGCUUAGACAUGGAGAGCAGGAUCAAGACACUCCACGCUCAGAUAAUUGAGAAGGACGCUAUGAUCAAGGUCCUGCAGCAAAGGUCCCGGAGAGAUCAGCUGAAGACUGAGCCCCCAACUGUUCUGAGACCCUCCAAGUCGCUGGCCUCGAUAGCCAACGCGACUGCGGGGCUGCCCUCCUACCCCACCUCGCUCUCCAGUAACCGCAUCAUAGAGGAGAGGAAGGAGGACAGGAACUGGAAAGGCAGUUUGGGUUUCCUGCUGAACACAGAUCGGAGUGAGUCUCGCUCGGCCUCGCCUGCCCCGACCACCCCCUCUCUCCUCUUGGCUCACUCCAAGACCGGCAGCCGGGACAGCUACACCCAGACGGACAGGGGUCCCGAGCAGAGCAAACCCGUGGCCAGCCCGACACUGACCACGACAUUGCAGGGAGCGUGGCCUCCCAGUGCGAGCAGGCCACCCCCUGCCCUCCAUGGGACAGAUACCUUACCUUCUCUGGGAGGAGGAGCGUUUGAUGUGAGGGGAACCCCUCCCCUCUUUGGGCAAGACCUGGCUGACGCCGAGAUGGUGGAGAUCCUGAUUUGAGGCCUCGCUGGAUCGGAGUGAGCUGGCGAACGCAGGGAAUCUGGAGGUGGAAGAACUGGGAAGUCCAGGAUUUUAGCACACACGAAAGGAGAAAGCGGGAGAGAAGGUUUCAAGUCGAUAAAGGGAACCUGAUCCUCAGCAAGCAGGGCUGAAGCUAGAGACCGGCCGAAUGGACAGAAGGAUGCAUUACGUGUUAUAUUUACCUUUUUAUUUUUAAUUAUACUUUAAGCCACACACACACACACUAUAUACAC